AUGGCUUGGCGCACAAUUCGUCGUUUUACUCGUCGGUCCCCUCGCCGUUGUGUUUCCUUAACCGUGGGAAGCGCUGCCGUGGCAACAUCACUGCUAAUGGUUCCCCCAUUGGAAUAUGUUCCAGCUCCGCUGCUGCCUUCCCGCGUGCUGUUGGAUGGCGUCGGCCGCGUGUUUCGCUGUGCAUAUGUUAGCGGGUGCAUCUUCGUUGACUACGCGUGGAGUCUUCAUGGCGUGGAGGAUCAAGAGAGGUGGAAUGAGGUUCACCUUCGCAGCGCCUCCCGUUUAGUGAAACUUGCUGAGACAAACGGUGGCCUUUAUGUGAAGGUAGGGCAGGUUUUCGCUAAUCUGAACCAUGUCCUACCCCCGCAGUACUGCUCGGUGAUGGCGGUGUUGCAAGACAACGUGGCCAAGCGGCCCUUUACGGAGGUGAUGGCGGUGUUGGAGCACGAUCUCGACAGGCCUGUUGACGAAAUAUUCGAAGUGAUUGAUCCCAAACCACUUGCCGCCGCUUCCCUUGCGCAAGUGCACCGAGGGAAACUCAGGAAGGAGGGUAUCGAUGUUGCGGUAAAGGUUCAGUACAUAGACAUCGCGCAGCGCUUUAAAGGUGAUAUGCGCACGAUCCAACUCAUGCUGAAUAUUGCUGGGUUCUUCUUUCGUGGUUAUGAUCUCUCAGGAAUUGUUUCCAAGCUUAACAAAACCGUUGGGAACGAGUUAGAUUUUGCACUAGAAGCGGACAACUGCGAGCGGGGCGCACGGGAUCUAAAAGCCGGUGGAUUCGGGGACCGUGUUGUUACCCCCGAGGUGCUGCGAUUAUAUUCCACCCGUCGAGUUCUGACGACGCGCCUGAUCAAAGACGCUGCGAGGAUAACAGAUAUAAGUAGGCUAAUGGAGUUGGGUAUUGAACCCAAGAUGGUUGCAUCAUGGCUCUAUGACGCACUCUCGUAUCAGCUAUUUGUUUCGGGCUUCGUACAUGGUGAUCCGCACGCGGGGAAUAUUUUAGUGCAUCGUCUACCGAACGGGAAACCGCAGGUAGUUCUAUUAGAUUUCGGCCUCUGUACGGAGUUAACGGAUGAAAUGCGGAGGGAUUUGGCUACUAUUUGGACCUCCUCCGUGACACAUGACACCGCGACACUGAAAAGGAUAUCCGAAAAGUUUGGUAUUGAGGACUACGCAUUACUUGCCUCUUGUUUCUUACAGCACCCGUAUGAAUUGUUUACCGCGGAGGGGCGCGUGAUGACAAAAAUGACGAAGGGACUUAUGCAAGAUCAAAUGCGAAACCAGAUGGACAAGAUCAACGAAAUAGUUUAUGAACUUCCCAAAGAGUACUCGUUAGUCUUGCGGAACAUCAUGGCAGCAAAGGCGAUAAACAAGGUACUGAAUGAUCCUGUAAACAGGCCUUUGCGGAUGCUUCGUUACUCGGCAAGAAUUUGCAAUGAGGAUAGAUCUCAAUGGUACGUGUUACUGCUAAUGCUUCGCGCAUGGUGGUCAGAACUAAUCUCUUCCAUUCAACUUGCAUAUGCAAGGUGGCGCUAUCCGGAACUACUAACUGCACUUGAUGACUCCCUGCAGCUGCAACUUAGCGGUUAG